UGCUUCCCAUGUUCUGGUGCAGUAGCGAAGUGACGAGAACCAUUGACGAGAAACUGAUGUGAGGUCACAUAGAUUUAGUGUGAGUUAAUGAAAGGAAACAUUUUUCUCCCUUUGAACUUAUCUUUACAAAUUCAUUGUGAGUUUUCUUGAAAAUUGCCUCUUCACAAUGGCCUUUGAGGAGCUCCUGAAUGAAGUUGGUGGCCUGGGAAAAUUCCAGAUCAUUCAGAUGGUUUUCAUUCUUCCUCCGGUCAUGAUAGCAGCCUGUCACAUACUGCUGGAGAACUUCACUGCAGCCAUUCCUGGUCAUCGCUGCUGGGUCCCCAUCCUUGAUAAUGACACUGUCUCUGAUAAUGACACUGGGAUCUUCAGCCCUGAUGUCCUCCUGAGAAUCAUCAUCCCGUUGGAUUCUAACUUGAAACCAGAGAAAUGUCAUCGCUUCCUCCUCCCCCAGUGGCAGCUCCUUCAACUGAACGGGACCUUCCCCAACAUGACUGACCUGGACACGGAGCCCUGUGUGGAUGGCUGGGUGUAUGACCGAAGCUCCUUCUCCUCCACCAUUGUGACUGAGUGGGACCUCGUAUGUGAUUAUCAGUCACAGAAACCAGUGGUUCAAUCCCUAUUCAUGGCUGGAAUGCUGGUGGGGGGCCUCAUAUAUGGCCAUCUCUCAGACAGGUUUGGGAGAAAGUUGAUUCUCAGGUGGUGUUUGCUCCAGCUUGCCAUCUCUGGGACCUGUGCAGCCUUUGCUCCCACCUUCCUCAUUUACUGCUCACUACGCUUCUGGUCAGGAUGUUCUGCUGUGGUCAUUAUAACAAAUAACUGGAUGCUCAUUGUAGAGUGGACAAGGUCCCAAUCAAAAGCCAUGGUAAUAACACUGAUAACCUGUGCCAUUAGUAUUGGACAGAUAAUGCUGGGAGGACUGGCUUUUGUCUUUCGAGACUGGCAUACCCUGCAGCUGGUGGUGUCUAUACCAUUCUUUGUCUUCUUUUUCUCCUCAAGGUGGCUGGUGGAAUCUGCUCGGUGGCUGAUUAUCACCAAUAAACCAGAUGAGGGCUUAAAGGAACUUAAAAAAGUUGCACAUAGAAAUGGAAUAAAGAAUGCUGAAGCAGCCCUGAACAUGGAGGGUUUCAGAGCCACCAUGCAGGAGGAGCUGGAGGCCGCACAGACCAAAACUACUGUAUUUGACUUGUUCCGCACACCCAACCUGCGUAAGAGGAUCUGUCUCCUGCUCUUUGUGAGAUUUGCAAGCACAAUACCCUUUUUUGGCAUCUUUAUCAAUCUACAGCACUUUGGGAGCAAUAUUUUCCUGUUCCAGGUAAUCUUUGGAGCUCUCACUGCCUUAGCCCGAUGUCUUGCACUUCUAGUAUUGAAUUAUAUGGGCCGUCGACCAACCCAGAUGCUUUUCAUGUUCCUGGUGGGACUUUCCAUUUUGACCAACACGUUUGUGCCCCAAGAAAUGCAGACCCUGCGUGUGACUUUGGCAAGUGUGGGAAUCAGCUGUGUUGCCGCUUCUAUCACCAGUUAUUCUGUCCACUGUAAUGAACUCAUCCCCACUCUCCUCAGGGCAAAAGCUUUGGGAUUAGAUGUAAUGGCUAGUAGGUGUGGGUCAGCACUGGCUCCCCUCUUGAUGACCCUGGUGGUGUAUCUACCCACUCUGCCCUGGAUCAUCUAUGGAGUAUGUCCCAUUAUUGCUAGUCUUGUUGUCCCUUUCCAACCUGAAACCAGAAAUCUGCCUCUGCUUGACACCAUCCAGGAUGUGGAAAAUAACAAAAAAUUCUCAAGAGAAGCAAACGAAAAAGAUUUCUACAUUAAAGUGACAAAAUUUUAAGUGGAUUUCAUGAGAUGACUGGUG